GCCUAUCUUUUCAUCCAGGAUAUAUCUGAUAUUUAAUAUGUUGGUUGUUGUAAGAAUUGAUAGUAAGAGGUAUACUCCUCAUGAGACUAGGACUCUUGUUGUUUAAUUUGGUCCUUGACUAUUCACGUUAGUUGUGAACAAACUUAAAUAAGGGAUAGAACAGUGUAAAAUAUUUCUUGAUAAGUAUUUUUCCCUAACUAAUGCAGCAUAUGGUCUCUCACAUGCAUAUUUGGUAUAAUGAGAAAAAUCUCAGAAUUAAAGGCUUUUCUUUUGGGUAGAGAAUUGAUCCAAUGUAAGUGUUGAGAAAAGCAUGUUUCAGCUGCUACAUGACUAAAAUUUGAUCCAUCAGCUGGAAUUGUUAACCAGUUAAAAAUGUAUUUUUCUUGGCUUCAUAACUUUGUAACAUACAAUUAUUAGAUUAACCUCUUUGCUUUAUCCUCCAUACAUUAACCACUUUUUUUUUUAAGUUCCUGAUGGACAUUCAGAGCUUCAACCUAGUUAGAUGCCCAUCAGUCUAGUGAUUAAUACCGUACAGGGACCUUGUGCCCAAUUUUUAAUUUUCAAUAUUUCAGGUUGAAAAAACUUAUGCUGCCUUGAGGUGUCUGAAUUGCAAGUUAAAAAUAGCAAGAUUUUAUAGUUAAGAAAAAGCUGUAGGGAAUUACUUCUUUUUGAUUCGGAUGUUGCUGUUAAAUAAUGGCUGAAACUAAUGGGGGCAUGAUAUGAAGAAGUAUCUUAGUAUGGUAGGAAGCAGUUUACGUAAAUUUGAUUCACUUGUACUUUUAUUAUUGUUUUUCCUAUGGUCUUCUUUCUCACUUUUAGAUGUUCUUACUUCUUUUUGUUAAAUAACUUCUAAAAUUUCAAGCAAAUAUUCCUUCGUAAGCACCAGCCUAAUAGCAGGGUAAUUUAUCCGCGUUGCAUACUCUAGUAGCCUUGUAAAUUGCAGUUACGAUGCAAGGAAGACGAAGAUGAUCUUGAACUUCAUUUUGGUUUUCUCUUUCUUUUACUUGUCUGUGUGAUGCAUUAUGAUAUUAUCAAUAAAUAUUACUUUUCCGAUCGGAGCUUGAAAAGUUUUUACUGCUGUUUUAUGAAAUACAAUGCGAGAGAAGCAUGUACCUAUACAUUGAUCUAUUCACAUUUGCCCGUUGCUUUGCAGGACAUGGUAGGUUUGGUGGAAAGAAUCAUGAAAAUCGUGAGAGCUCCUCAUGUCCCAGUUGGUGAUAGUUUUAUGAGACCUUCAGAGGAACCGGAGUUUUUCCCCAAUCGACAAUGUAGCAUCAUAUUCAAGGGGAAAGAGAUUGGCGACUUUGGCAUUGUUCAUCCUGAGGUAUUGAAGAAAUUUGGUAUUCCUGAUCCAUGCUCAUUCGUGAAAAUUGACGUUCAGGCUUUAUUAUAGUGUCAGCUUUGUUUUAUUCUACCCAUUCUUUUUGAGUCGAAAUCUUUAUUUUUUUGAUGGCUGAAUUUGAAACUGCGACAAGAUAUGAAGGUUAAGACCUGACGAGAUAUGAAGAUUAAGAGUUGCGCCCAGAGCAUCUUAAAACUAUAUUGGUACAUCAGAUUUUUGACAGACUUCGUCAUUUGAUUGAAAUUGGCAGAUACUAAUAUGGUAACUUAUGCAAAGAAUCUUUGCAUCUUUUGUAUUUUCGCAAGAUACUACAAUGAUUUGCUUUAAAUUAAUAUCUGUGUCAACUUGUUCCA